UGUAUUUCUGCCACCCACUUUGGCGUAUUUUGUCCUAGUGCUUCUUUUUGUUUUUUAAUGAUAUGGAAUCUCCUUGUACCCGCCGGGCAGCUUUAAUUCUUUUAUGAUUGUAAUUUCACCAUUUCGGUACAAGUGGUUGGAUAAAUAGGCCUGGAAUUAAUUAAGUAAUACCUCAUACCAAGGAAAAAAGUUAAUUCUAAACUUUAUCCUGAGAUUAUUUUCCUUAUCCGAUGUACCAAACAAUCCCUUAUUUUCCUUAUGGUAGAAGUGUAUAACUUUCUCUUUCUUGUUUCCCAGCCAGCUUGUGCAACUAAAUUAUUGAUAAGAGGAAGUUGCUUGGAUGAUAAAUAUUUCUCAUCGAAUGAAUCUUAAGAUUAUGAGUUUGAGUCACCAAAUGGAGCAAAAAAAAAGGUAGAAGCUCAUGGAGAGGAAUUAAGAAAAACAACUAAGUCAUUAAUCAGGGAUUCAAGUGAGGUUUUGGUGACUUCAUGGGUACACGAAAUACAAAUAUGCAAAUAUUUGGAUGACUAUACGAAUACUCGCAACAAAUAAGUACCUUGAAAAUAAUUUCGAUAAACUCUAAGGACAAAGAAUAAAAAGAAGUAAAGAAGAUGCCUCGUUGGCGCAAAUCAACCGCUUCAAGAACCUUCUCGCGUGCUCUCUUUUGGCUAUUUCUACCGCUCGGUGUCAGUCACUCAGUCCCCACUCCUUUCUUCUUUCUCCUUUUAGUUACCCUACAACAACAUUUGCUCUCUUCUUCUGUACUUCUAUCCAGAUCUCAACACUUCCAUUUUCCGCAUAUUUAUUUUCUCUGUUGUGUGUUUCUGUGCGUUGCUGGGUGUACUGAGAAAGCAGUGCUAUUGUGAAGUGGAAAAUGAACGGAGUUCACGAGGCUGCUGCUGCGGCGAUGGGAGGGAAGUCGCCGCCACCGCCUUUCCUGCUCAAGACGUAUGAUAUAGUGGAUGAUCCAUCGACGGAUUCUGUGAUAUCGUGGAGCAGGAGUAACAAUAGCUUUGUUGUUUGGAACGUGCCGGAGUUCGCUAGAGAUAUUUUGCCCAAGUAUUUCAGGCACAAUAACUUCUCCAACUUCGUCAGACAGUUGAAUACUUACGGUUUCAGGAAGGUUGAUCCGGACCGCUGGGAAUUUGCAAAUGAGGGAUUUCUUAGAGGCCACAAACACCUGUUGAAGAGUAUAAGCAGGAGAAAAGCCUCUCAGGUGCAGGGCCAUCAACAAACCACCUCCCAAGUGCCAAAUGCAUCUGUUGCAUCCUGUGUUGAAGUUGGGAAAUUCGGAAUUGAUGAAGAGGUGGAAAGGCUUAAAAGAGAUAAGGAUGUUCUUAUGCAAGAGCUGGUUAAGUUGAGACAGCAGCAGCAGGAGACAGAUCACCAAUUGCAAACUGUUGGGCAGCGUGUUCAAUUAAUGGAGAACAGGCAACAGCAAAUGAUGUCGUUCCUUGCCAAGGCCAUGCAGAGCCCUGGCUUUGUAGCCCAACUGGUACAUCAACAGAAUGGCAAUAACAGGCGUAUUACUGGCCUCAAUAAGAAAAGGAGACUUCCUGAGCAGGAUGAUGAAAAUGUUGAGUGCAAGCCUAACAAUGUGUUGCCAGAUGGACAGGUAGUCAGGUAUCAACCUUCAAUGAAUGAGGCUGCAAAAGCAUUGAUGCAGCAGAUUUUGAAAAUAAAUGCACCUGGGAGACUGGACAACAGAUUUAAGAACUCGAAUGGCUUUUUGACUAAUAAUCCCCUCCCGCCUAAAAAUCCUCUAGACAGUUGUGGAACAUCCAGUUGUAUUUCCGGUGUUACCCUCUCUGAAGUACUGCCAACUUCUUCACAGUCUCAUCUAAUGUCAGAUUCAGGAUUUCCAUUCAACUCUUGUUCAUCUGCCAUGUCUGUCACCCAAUCUUCCAUUACUGUGGUUCCUGGGGAGGCCAAAGUUCCUGCAUUACCUGAAUCUGAUGCCUUGAACUCUCAGGCAGUCCAUGAUUUGCCUGAAUUUUAUCAAGGACAGAGGAUUAAUAGACUUGAUACUCUUGGAAUAGCUGACUUUAAGAUGUCCGAGACUGGAAAUGAGCCAGAUAUUGACACAACACAAGGUAUUUUGGAUGGUUUAACUACUGUUGUCCCUGAUGGAUUUUUGGCAGACACAGAUGGUGAUGUCUUGCAGGAUGAAAUUCCGAAGCUUCCAGCAAUUAAUGAUAUUUUUUGGGACCAUAUUCUUUCUGCAAGCCCUCUCCCUGGGGAUACAGAUGAGAUUGGUUCCCUAGCUGUGGAAGAUGGUUUAGAUAAAGAAGAAGAUUUCCUAGGAGUUCAGGAGAGUGAUUGGGAUAAACUAAAGCAUAUGCAUAAUCUUACUGAACAGAUGGGACUACUUUCAUCAGUGGCCCAGAUUUGAUGAUUUCAUGUACUUUUUUUAACGCUGCAAUGACAGGUGGAUCGUGGAUGCUCUGAACUGGUGGGCAUUAACAAGCUUUUCUUGAAAGACUGAUCUUCACUACUGAUGAUGAUGUUCUGAGUAGUUACAAAGGGGACCCCGCAAAAGAAAAAAAUGUUGUGUCUGACCUUGUAUUAGUUUGAUGUAUUUUAUUCAGGCUUUUGUAUGUAUAUUUUAUCUGGCUCGGUGGGUUAGUUAAAAAAGAAGACUAAAAUGUUGUUUACUUAUUAAGAAAGUGAAAAGGGGAUGCAAAGAAGAAGUUGCACAGGGAUCUGUAUGUAACUUUUGCUUUUUACAUAAUGCAACAAUUUCGAUGAAGAUGCAAGCAAGAUGAAUAGACUGCUUGUCUUGUGUUUCAAAUGUAUUGAAUGGUAUUGUAUGCUAUCGUGAGGCUUGUAUCCAAGGCAGUGGUUUCUCCACUAAAUAGAUGAUCCUCUUUCCAGCAUAUUAUGAGAACUUUUAACCUA